GAAUGGUGUAUUAUCCACGAGAAGCUUCUCAUCCAUCUCUCCACAAUUAAAUUAGAAGACAUAGCACCAAUGGAGACGAGCGGAAAGGUGAUCACUUGCAAGGCUGCUGUGGCACGAGGUCCCGGAGAACCUCUAGUCAUAGAAGAAAUCAAAGUUGAUCCUCCACAGAAAAUGGAGGUCAGAAUGAAGGUCCUCUACAGUUCAGUCUGUCAUACUGAUCUUAAUGCCUGGGAAGGAACGAAUGAAGCUCAGCGAGCAUUUCCUCAAAUUCUAGGCCAUGAAGCUGCCGGAAUAAUAGAGAGCGUUGGAGAAGGUGUGACAGACUUGAAGAAAGGAGACCAUGUAAUUCCAAUCUUCAAUGGCGAGUGUGGGAGCUGCGUGUAUUGCAAAAGCCACAAGACCAAUCUGUGUGAAACUUUACGCGCAAAUCCCAUGAAAUUUGUGAUGGCGAACGAUGGAAAGUCUAGAUUUUCCACCAUGGAUGGAAACCCAAUUUAUCAUUUUCUCAACUGCUCUACUUUCUCAGAGUACACUGUCAUUGAUGCUGGAUGCGCUGCCAAGAUUGACCCCGAGGCUUCUCUCAAGAAGAUGAGCUUGUUAAGCUGCUGUAUUUCCACCGGAGUUGGAGGUGCAUGGAAUUGUGCUAACGUGCAUGCUGGUUCUACUGUGGCUAUUUUCGGAUUGGGGGCUGUCGGACUCGCCGUUGCUGAAGGAUCAAGAGCAAGAGGAGCAUCAAGAAUAAUAGGAGUCGACACUAACUCCGAAAAAUUUAUAAAAGGAAAAAAAGUAGGGGUCACAGAUUUUAUAAAUCCGAAGGAACUUUCAACGCCGGUGUAUGAGAGAAUCAGAGAAAUGACAGGAGGAGGUGUGGAUUACAGUUUUGAAUGUGCAGGAAAUGUGGAUAUUCUCCGAGAGGCCUUUUUGUCCUCUCAUGAUGGUUGGGGAUUGACGAUUGUAUUAGGAAUCCAUCCAACACCAAGAAUGCUUCCUCUUCAUCCAAUGGAGUUGUUUGAUGGCCGAAAAAUCACCGGAUCUAUUUUUGGCGGAUUUAAAGGGAAGUCUGAGCUUCCGAAUCUAGCCCAACAGUGCACCAAUGGGGUUUUGAAUUUAGAUGAAUUUAUAACUCAUGAACUCCCAUUUGAGAAGAUCAAUGAAGCCUUCCAACUGCUCCUUGAUGGAAAGUCACUCCGAUGUGUUCUCAAUUUUUAGCUAAGCUUUUAGGCCAUUAAAUUUGCGUCGUAUUUUAUGCCAUAUUGUAUGAAAUAAUAGGGUGUUUGAUGUUCAUUAUAUUUCAUGAACUUAUAGCUAAAUCAAGUAUUGAUUGGCUCAAACUCAAUUCGUUGGCUUUUGGGUGAAGCUCGAGAUCUAGUUCAAGUUCGGCCAGCUUCUGUUUUCCACAAAAGGGAUUUCAAAAAACAAACCAAUAAGAUUGACUUCUACGUCCG